AAGAUGACACCAGAGAAACUAUACUACAAGCUCAAAAUCGCGAAGACGUCAGGACCAAGAGACCGGAAGUACCGCAAGUUCCUCGAGUACGUGGAGAUUUACGAGGACCGAUUCGGGCCCGCGUUCAACCCCUUGCUCAAGUAUGGCCCAAGAGUUGAGGUAAAAGCUUCACCCUAG